AUGGACCUGUUCUCCGCCGCCUGCGAGAACUUCGGUCUGGUCAUUAACACGCAGAAGACGGUGGUAAUGCACCAACCGCCACCCAACUCAGCCACAGUCCCCAACGCGUCGCCGCAAAUCAGCGUGAAUGGGACCCUACUGCAAGUGGUGGAGAACUUCCCGUACCUGGGCAGCUCUCUCUCCCGCACCACCAAGAUCGAUGAUGAAGUCGCCAACAGGAUCUUGAAAGCCAGUCAAGCCUUCGGUCGUCUCCAAAGCACAGUUUGGAAUCGUCACGGUCUUCAACUGAACACGAAGCUCAAGAUGUACAAGGCCGUUAUCCUGCCGACGCUACUGUACGGAGCAGAGACCUGGACGGUGUACACGAGGCAGGCACGUCGUCUGAACCACUUCCACCUCAGUUGUCUUCGUCGCAUCCUGCGGCUGAACUGGCAGGAUCGCAUCCCCGACACUGAUGUGCUGGAACGAACGGGAAUGCUCAGCAUCUACUCCAUGUUGAGAAAAAUUUAG